AUGGCGGCUGUCCUAGGGGUUAGAUUGUUCUCAUUCGUGCGCGACAACCAUUCCGUCAAAAUCAAUCGAGCAAUCUACUGGUCUGACUCUGAAGUUACCCUAGCUUGGAUCCGCUCGGAACAUCGGAAGUACCGCCCGUUUGUAGCCUGUCGUGUUGGUGAAAUACUGUCGUCGACCAACGUGAACGAUUGGAGACAUGUUCCCAGCAAGAUGAACGUUUCAGACGAAGCAACUAAGUGGACUGACGGGCUGUCUCUUGGAGCGUCAAGCCGCUGGUUCAAUGGCCCAGCAUAUCUGCAACUGCCGGAAAAUGAGUGGCCCAAAUCGAAACGAUCUAUUGCGACUACUGAUGAAGAGUUGAGAGUGUGUCAUCUACAUCAAGAAUCCGACGUUCUGUGCUCUCCCAUAGACUACAGCCGAUUUUCCAACUGGAAUCGGCUGCUACGUACAACGGCGUAUGUGAUCCGUUUCGGAACGCCUCGUAGUCGGAACACCUCGGGAAAAAGAAUUUAUCACUUGUUAACACAUGAAGAAUUGAAGGUAGCUGAGAUUCUGCUGUGGAAAUUAAUACAAUCAGAAGCAUAUCCGGAUGAGAUUGCGAUUCUCUCGAAAAACCGGACUCUACCGAUGGACAAACAACUAGUUCUGGAUAAAUCAAGUCCACUUUGGAGUCUGUCACCUAUGCUUGACGAAAAUGGGAUUCUUCGCAUCGAUAGCCGCAUUACAGCAGCCCAAGGAGUAGCAGAAGACCUAAAGUUUCCAAUUAUAUUACCUAGGAAGCAUUCGGUUACCAUCCUCAUCGUCAACGAUUAUCAUCGGAAGUUCCUGCACGGGAAUUCUGAAACGGUGGCCAACGAAAUACGGCAACGAUUUUAUGUUGCUCAUCUGCGCACCGUAGUUAAAGGACUGGAGAAGAGAUGUCAAUGGUGCAGAGUAUAUAAGGCCAAGCCUUCGACGCCAAGAAUGAGCCCUCUUCCGGAAGCACGUUUAUCGCCUGGUGUACGCCCGUUCACCAACAUCGGAGUCGAUUAUUUCGGGCCAAUCCUGGUGAAAGUGAAUCGAACCGUAGCUAAACGCUGGGUGUGCUUGAUUACGUGCCUCACAAUCCGCGCUGUGCAUGUAGAGGUUGCAUAUGACCUUUCGACGAAGUCUUGUAUUGCCUGUCUACGCCGCUUUGUCUGUCGCAGGGGAGCACCGAAGGAAAUUUAUUCCGACAAUGGAAGGAACUUCACCGGAGCAAAUCGCGUGCUGAGGGAUCAAAUCGACCAAAUCGAACGAGAAACAGCUACGACCUUUAUCAGCACGGAGACGAAGUGGUUCUUCAUUCCGCCAUCGUGUCCUCAUAUGGGUGGGUCAUGGGAGCGAAUGGUUCGUUCUAUCAAAACAGCUAUGACCAGCCUUCCACAAGAUGAGAAACUCAACGACGAGGGAUUGUUGACGGUACUAGCGGAGGCCGAAGCUAUCGUUAACUCUCGACCACUUACCUACCUACCGUUACACUCGGCUGAACAAGAAGCACUCACACCCAACCAUUUCAUUAUGGGAAGUUCAGGCGGAGUUACACAACCGAUCAUGACAAAAAAGGACUACGUGAGUGACAUCUACGCAUCUUGGGACCUGAUUCAACGACGGACUAAUCAUUUCUGGAAACGGUGGGUCCUGGAAUACCUGCCUACACUUACUAAGCGUACAAAGUGGUUUGGAGAAGUGAAGCCGCUCAAAAUUGGAGACCUUGUUGUAGUAAUCGAUGAAACCAGAAGGAAUGGCUGGAUACGCGGACGUGUUGUAGAAGUAGCUACAGGCAGAGAUGGCAGAAUUAGGCAGGCGAUGAUUCAGACAUCUGGUGGACUGUUCCGGCGGCCUGUCUCCAAAUUGGCUGUACUGGACGUGGCAGGACGCAGUGAGGCUGCUGGACCCAUGCAUCCUCACGGGGAGGGGGAUGUUGCCACGACCACAGCACCGGCAACCCGGCCUGCGACGUCUGGAGAUUCCCUCCAUCAACGCUAG